AUGACAGUCAACACUUUUGACAUCUACAUGUGCCCUGAAGGAAUGGCUUGCUUGAAAAAUGCCACUUGCUGCGAGUAUGCUGACAUCGUAGUUUCCACCACGACCACCACCACCGCCGCUAGCACCAGCACAUGCGUCGAUAAGGUCAACCCAUCCACCGGAGUGUCUGAUUGUCCAAAGAGUGCCUACCUUUGCAACGAUUCCACCUACUACGCUUUAAUGACUGAGCAAUGUCCAAAGACUUGUAACAGAUGCAGUGGAAGCAACAACAGCAACAACAGUAACAACAAUAAUGGAGGAUCUUCAUCCAGUUGUGUUGAUAAAGUGAACCCAUCUACUGGAGUAUCGGAAUGUGCAUCCAAGGCAUACUUGUGCACCAACUCCAUCUACCAGUCUUUAAUGAAGGAUCAGUGCCCAAAAACCUGUGGAUUCUGUUAA